AUGGGCCGGGAUCUGGAGGAACCUCAGGAAGAGGCAUCGGCAGAUCUUUUUAAAGAGACUGCCGCUAUAGGAGAGCUUACGGGGAUGUUGAGAUAUUGCUGGCUAGGGUUCUUCGAUGGGGCUGCGAGCAGUGCCGAUCACGGAGGAGAAUUUCCGGCCUUUUGGCCAGCUCCUGGGAAAGAUCGGCGACGGAUGCGAGUAUGGAUCGGGAGAGGCGCAGCUCAAUCUCGCGAAUGGGAUUCCCAGAUUCUACCUCAUGGAGCUCAAGAAAACGGGGCUGCGAUUCAAAAGGAUAACGCAUCACGCCAGGGUGACGCAGUGUCUGGGAUCAGUGGGAGCUCAUCCUUGGUACAUGGCGGUCUCUCUUCCCAGCAUUGUGGAUCCUUCAUCGCAACACGAGGGCGCUGUUCGAUCAACGCUGGUGGCCACUACUAUUUACCUCCCUCUCAUGCAAGCGUCCAGGUUUUCAAGAUAGAUGGUCCUCGCUUCAUCAAGUUAAACGAAGGAACUUGGCACGCUAGUCCUCUCUUCGGUGAUCGAGAUUCGAUGGUCUUCUACAACUUGGAGCUCAGUGACACCAACGUAAGAUCAUUCGAGGAGCUCCUUUUGUGCCUCGGGACACUGACUAGUAGUUGAAGGAUGUACAAAAUGAGGCUGAUGAUCCUGGUCGGAAGAAAAUUUACGAACGGGAUGACUCCCACAGACCAUGGCGUCAACUCCCUGGGUGCUGAUUAUGGUCGAAAGCCGCCUGCUUUCUGUCGAACACGAGCGAGCGGAUGUUGAGAGUAUUCAUGUAAUUUGCCUCCUGCCAGUCCAGCUCGCUAAUUCCGCCAAGAACUCGGGUUACCUCAGUCAACAGCAAGAUGGAAAUGUUCCAGAAGUCUUUCUUCUUGAUGUCGGUGACAAAUUCGAGCGGUGGAUGAUAUCCUUUGAAAGGUUUUGCUGCUCCUGAAACUUAUUGUUAUUUCACCUCUUCGUGGUUCUGAUUUUAAUAAUCUAACUUCCGUGACAACGGAAAAGUACGAACAC